CACUCGGACGCGCCAGCAAGUAUCCCGAGGCAGCGUGCCCUGGGCCUACGGCCGACCGCAUCGUACCCUGACAUCGUCAUCAAGCAGCAACCGCGACAACGGCGUCACUGCGUGCCGAAGUUGUCCAACAAAACAAAAACAUCGUGGGAGCCUCUCAAGAUGGCGGAGAAAGGUGGCAGUCCAGGCAAUGGAGAUUCUGGGCUUGUCUCCAGUUCCUGCCUGUCAUCUGGAGCUGGCAUGCUGGGACUGUCGCGGAUCCAGCAGAACCCAUUUGCCAUCAAGACCACCACCCCAACAAGGAGCGUAGCGGACAGCACGGAAAACAAAGAGACGAAGCCCAUUGUUGCUCCGCCCACCUUAGUUCUUGGCGCAGACAAUGCCUGCGCGGUGUCAUCAUCUGGGAGCCGGAUAGUGCUCCGGCCGUCGGCCCUUGCUUUCCAAGCUGAAAAGCUGAAGCAGACGUCACCAGAUGCGGCAUCGACGGAACCCAGGGACAACUCCACCACAGCGACUGCUACCAAAGAACAGCAGCACCAGCAGCAGGCACCAUCGGCGUCCAGGGACCCCCGCGAAGUGUCGUCCACGUGUGAAUCCACCACCAGCCCAGUCACAAAUGGCACGCGGACGAGCGGCACGGUGUCCAGCGCGGAGGACGACAACAGCGGCAGCACCACGACCUCCAGCAGUGGCCGUGCCGUCGGCGAGAGCAGCAGCAGCUUUGGCUUGGCCCUAGGCGACCUGCGGAAUGGCACCUCGUCGUCCGAACACCUGUCGACCCUCGGCACUGGUGGCGGACUGCUCAGCUCGGCAACAGACGACGCCAACCACUCUCCACAUGCAGCGGCGCCACCCGACGGGUUCGUCUUCGGCGAGAACCUGCGGGAGCGGGCUGCGAACUUUGAGGACGCCUCGUCGGACUCCUCGAUUGCGCCAACGUCCACAGAGCUAUCCUUCCAGCAGUUCCAGCAACAGGCCGGACAGAGCAGCGCAGCCAGCACGGAGCAGCCGCCGGACGUUGCCUGUGCGGCGAGUCGGCAUGCCAAAAGUUUGACCGAGUCGGCCGAGGAAUACCAGUUGCGGCAAGUCAAGCGGACGUAUGACGAGGUCGCCGUGGUUACGGGAGAAGAGAAUGAGUUCAACGUGCUUCAGAUCAACUGCAAGCUCUUCACCUUCGACAAGUCAACGAGUUCCUGGCAGGAACGGGGUCGUGGCAGCUUGCGACUCAACGACCAGGAGGUCGAUGGUGUGCUGCAAUCCAGAAUGGUGAUGCGAACCCAGGGCAGCUUGCGCGUCAUCCUGAACACCAAAGUGUGGUCCGGAAUGGUUGUGGAGCACCCCAGUUCCAAGACAGUUCGCACGACGGCCAUUGACCCCGACGGAAUUCGUGUCUACCUCAUUCAGGCCAACGGCAAGGAUGCUGAGCAGCUGUACGGGGCUCUCGAAUGCCGCGUGGCGUCGCUGAAGGCCGCGGAAGACAGCGGUAGCGGUGUGUCGCCCAUGCCAGCGGCCAUGCAGGGACUGCCGCCGUCUGCGGACAGCUCGUCCUCGUUUCCGGAGUCGGUGGGAAGUCUGGAGGACGACGGAGCACCGCAGUCAAAACGACCCCGUCUGCAGGAGUCUGACGGAAGCCUCCCGGACAGCAGCCACGGAGAGGACUCGGUUGCAACGGCCGAAUGUGAGAGCAGCGCGGAAGACAAGGGAUAGGCGUUCUCUCCACGUCUGUGAAACACUCUUCGAUGAGUCAGCGAGGGGCGGAAGAGCGUGGGUGAAGUGGUGAAGCCAUUGCUAGUGUUUGGUGAGUUUGGGCUCCCCAACGGUUAGCGGCGUGAAGAGGUUUGAUUGGCUCGAGCUGGACAAUUCGUGCCUGCCUGAAUUAGUUCUUGGGGAGGGCCGUGAGGCCAGGAGGGUUUCGACAAGUUACGAAGCCAUUGUUGGAAAUCCUGAGCUCAAACUCCAGCAGACGCAAAAGUGCAUCAGGCAAGGACUAAGACGCCUUAACAAAGACAGUGUAAUUUGUUUCUCAUUAGGGUAUUGGUUUAUUUUAUGAGCAUCGAGAUUCGCAUGGUUGUAAUGUGAUGUAGAAACUCUAGGAGGGGGCAUUUUCUGUUAGUCAUUUUCAGAGAUGCUUUCACGUCUGCAUCACUUGGCAUCCGGCAUAACAUUUCACCGAGCUAUGGAUCCUCUGCUUGCACGAUUGGCAAGUCGGUGUCCACCGAAAGUGCUGUCCUCGAAAUAAAUCGAUCCCAAAUGUGACCAAUGCCUCGUCCGCUUUGUUCCUCACGUGAUGAGGACAAAGCUUUCUUUGUAGCAUUUUUUUAUACUAUGCAGCCUUUACUUGUUUCCCCGCAUAUUUUAUGCUGUCUCGUUAUUUAAUCUCAGAAUCUGCACUAGUUAUCAUUACAAUGAUGUAUCGUUGGGUUUGUGUGGCCACGGCACGAAAGCUAGAGCGCAUUUCAGUUCCAGCAGGACACACACGGAUGCAACAGCAGUGGUAACCAAAUGCGGUGGCGUGCGAAAUGGUGGCCUGUGAUGUUUGGGAGUGUGCGGUUGGGAUUAGACCACAGUUUGGCUGCAAUAUUUUCUGCAUCAGCAACCCCUUAACAAAACACUGCUUCCACUGAACUCAACGUUAUGCAAGUCUACAUGUUGUCCUGCUUCAAGCCUAUGCUGUGUAUAUUUGUAAGAAAGCUAAGAACGUGACAGACGAGCAGCAACAUCCCAAAGCCAGACGAGAACGAGUUUGUUACGUUAUCGCAAUGCCCAUUUCUCACUGUUUCUUCUUUUUGCAUGUUGCACGAGUGUUCAAAGAAAGAUGUAUUUCCGCUAGCCAUCCCCCUACAGCGACAUUUUGAGCAUGCGUGAGUCGACUGCUUGUGCACGUCAAUAAGAGUUGGCGAAACUGGCCUCAGAUGCCAUUGCUCUGUUACUUUGUGCAGCAUUUCCUGCAGAAACCGUUGGGGUGCCCAAAACGCGCAAUGCACUCUCUCUCAUCUCUUCUUCCUGCUGUUUUGGUGUGCAGUUGCGCGAGUGUAGUGUAAUUGCUUUGCCAGUCCUUUUUUAUGCAGUUUGUGUUGCUGUUUUUGUGUCCCUUCUUUUUUUUGUUCCCGCUUUAAUGUCCGGGGAUGUUUAAAUCCAAAAAAGGGCGUACGAGGGUCCCCUUCUUGCCCACCGUGUGGGUGCGCUCCGAGUGUCCCUUGGAGACAAGCGACAUGUGUUGUUGUUUUCUUUUUCUCCUCGCAUAUUUAGGCAGAGUAGCGCUUUCAGAAAGCCAAGCCUUGCCUGUGUUGUCCGUUUCUGUGUAAUGCCACGACAAAAUGUUCUUGCGACGCAUCAGCUACUUUUUUUUUUCUCAAGCGUGCCACGAGUCUCUGAACUGUUAUGCAAGUACUUGCAUUGCGCGUUAGCGGUAUUGGCUUAGAGUCACUGCGCCUGGCCAGAAUGUGAUCUGCUGCGGUCAGCAGCUUGUUGGCUUCAAGAAGUCUUGCAGUGGUGCUGUAGCUGCCAGUUUGUUGCAGCUGAGAUUGUCACUGAGUGCCCUGUCAUUGACGGCCCUGCGAAUGGUAAUACGUUGCUGUGUCAUUGGCAAAAGAAUGUACUAUAACGCUUGAUUUUAACUGCUUAGUUUGACAUCGCUUGCGUGUUGUUUUGGCACCGAGAUCGCAGUGGCUUUCUUUCAGCAUCGCUGCGGCGGUGGAUUGGCUGGGAACCAGGCAGGGCAGUCAUUGGGAGGGAAGUUCAUUGACAUAGCAUUGGUCAUUUAAGCAUUCUGUACAUAAAUAAUCGGAAAAGCGGCCCUUGAUCGGCAAAUGCUCCUCCCAGCUAGUAGUAUUAAGGAUUGCCUGCCAACUCUAUUGUUCUUCCUUUUUUUUUUUUUUCUCUUUUCCACUGACUCCAUUUCUCGUCCCAUGGCAGAGCAGCUUAAGAGACAGGCUUCCUGUAAAUUUAGUCCGAACCCUAUGUGUGAAAGGAGUGCAGCUCCUCUUGCCUUCAAGCCUAUGUUGGAGCACAGUUUAUUGCUCGCUUGAUUUCUGUUGUGUGAGCAUUUCAUGUCUUUUUGAGCGAGCUGACACCACCUUUCUCGCGGGUGUUAAAACAUGUUUUGCUGCAUGCCAUGCAGGGUCAAACCCACAGUCAGUUUAUUCAGGUUUUGUUAAGAUAUUCUUUUUAUUUGGACCGUUAGUGCGUCAUGUAACUAAAUGCAUUGCCUUAAGGCUGCCCGUUUUUCAGGCAGCCCAGUGGCAUCUGUAUAGUGAACUUUUCUGUAGUAUGAACGCAUUGUUUGAAAAUAAAGCAGAUGUGACAAUGUAA